GAUCAAGAGUCACAGCAAGCUCAAAAAUCAAUCGGAAAUAAGCACUGCCCCCAACAUUGAAACGCUGUCACACACGUAUACACAAAGGGCGAGACCAGGAGCACACGUUUAUAAAGCGAAUUAACGUGAGAUUCGUGGGGCCGGAGGCUCCAAACCAGGUUUAAAAACUCUCGGGGGGGUUGGUUGGUGGGUUAUUCCAACGUCUUUAAAUUCGUCUGCUGAUUUGUUGUUUUUUUUUUUUUUAUCGAGCAUGUGACUGAGACGCUCACAUGGCUCUGGUCGCUGCUGCUGUAGCGGUUGCAUGAUCAGCUUUACAGUGUGUUGGGUUUUUUUUUUUUUUUUUAAGUCCGGUGAUCGGUGUGCUCCCUCAUCAGCCACGCAGCCACGGAACACGGCGCUGAGAGCAGAGAGAAAGGCGGACAGAUCAUGGCGUGCAGCGGGCAGAAAGUUGUCCUCAUCACCGGCUGCUCCUCCGGCAUCGGCUUACGAAUUGCAGUCACUUUGGCCAAAGAUGAGAAGAUGCGGUACAAGGUUAUUGCCACCAUGCGUGACCUGAAGAAGAAGGACAAGCUGGUAGAAGCAGCCGGGGAUUCCUUUGGCAAAACGUUGACGCUGCUUCCUCUUGACGUGUGCAGUGACGAGUCAGUUAAACAGUGCAUCAACAAUGUGAAAGACCGCCACAUCGACAUCCUGAUCAACAACGCUGGAGUGGGCCUCCUCGGACCAGUAGAAAGUAUCAGCAUCGAGGAGAUGAAACAAGUCUUUGAGACUAACUUCUUUGGCGUCGUCCGCAUGAUCAAAGAGGUGAUGCCGGACAUGAAAAAGAGACGUUCGGGACAGAUUAUAGUCAUGAGCAGCGUCAUGGGCCUACAAGGAGUGGUGUUCAACGACGUCUACACCGCCUCUAAGUUUGCCAUGGAGGGAUUCUGUGAGAGCAUGGCAGUGCAGCUGAUGAAGUUCAAUAUCCGGUUGUCCAUGAUCGAGCCCGGUCCCGUGCACACAGAGUUUGAGACCAAGAUGAUGGAGGAUGUGGCCAAGAUGGAGUAUCCAGGCGUGGACACGGACACAGUUCACUAUUUCAAAGAUGUUUACCUGCCGUCUUCCAUCGAUAUUUUUCAAGCCAUGGGCCAGACACCUGAAGACAUAGCUAGAUACACUAAAAAGGUAAUUGAGUCAAGCAACCCUCGCUUUAGGAAUCUGACCAACAGCCUCUACACGCCGAUCGUGGCCUUAAAGUACGCCGAUGAGACCGGUGGCCUGUCUGUCAACACCUUCUACAACCUGCUCUUUAAUUUCGGCCCACUUAUGCGGGUCACUAUGAGCAUCCUCAAGUGCCUGACGUGCAGCUGCCUGCGCAGACGCACGAUCUCGCCAAACUGAGGAGGACCAGACCCGGCUUCGUCGUCCUCUGCAGUUCUUUUACGGUCAUCCUCCUUUAACCCGCCUCACCACGACUACAGUAUUUCAUG